UGUUGUAUUUGCUUUCUCUGGGCGCUGUCUUAGUAAACACAACAGAGUUCCGGUGAAUAUCAAAUUUCUGCCUCUUCGCCUGGUAACCGAUGAAUUUCGUCGAUAACUUAAACAAAUGGACGAGUAGGGUGGAUAUGGACUACGGGAACAAACUGAACCAGGCUCUCUCCUCUAGCACUAAAUUUCUGCCCACAGCAGGACUGCGCGGUGCUGGGCCGUUCCAGCACUACGGCCGGCCGCUGGGCCACGGCGUGAAAGUCAAAGAGGAAGACGAGAGUGUGGAGGAUUUCUUCCAUUUCGCUCAACAUCUUCAGCAGCAAACAGGCGAGUGUCUCACAGCGUGCUGCGGUGGAGCAAACCCUAAAGCUGCCCCUCUCACUACCACUCUAAGUACAUCACUUACUGCCUCUCUGACUUCACCUCUGAAUACCCCUCUCAGUAGCCCACCACCCAAACCGAGCAGCCAGCCUUCGGCCGAGCGGCCGUAUCACUGUCAGGACUGCGGCAAGUAUUUCAGAAUCAGCGACAUUAAGCGCCACCAGAGAAUCCACAGCGGAGAGAGACCGUUCCCUUGUUUUCAGUGUGGUAAGAACUUCCCCACAUCGGGCGAUCUCAAAAGGCACGAAAGGAUCCACACGGGUGAGCGGCCGUACCACUGCCUGCAGUGCGGCAAGAAUUUCUCCGACUCGGGUCACCUCAAGCAGCACGAAAGGAUGCACACAGGCGACAGGCCUUACCAGUGCCCGCAGUGCGCUAAGCGCUUCUACAGAUCAGGUGACCUCAAGAGGCAUCUCCGCAUCCACAGUGGUGAGCGGCCUUACAAGUGCCCACAAUGUGAAAAGACCUUCUCAGAUUCUGGUCACUUGCGAGGACACCAGCGCAUCCACACGGGAGAGCGGCCUCACCGCUGCACGCUGUGUGAGAAGAGCUUCUUCAGGUCAGGAGACCUGAAGCGUCACCACCGGACACAUACCGGAGAGAGGCCAUACCAGUGCUACCAGUGCGGAAAGAGCUUCUCCGAAUCAGGCCACCUGAAAGAGCACCGGCGGAUUCACACCGGAGAAAAACCCUACCACUGCAACCAGUGUGACAAGAGCUUCUCCCGUCUGGAACGACUGAAAGGCCACCAGAGCAUCCACACGGGUGAGAGGCCCUUUCACUGUGCCCAGUGUGGCAAGAACUUCUUCAGAUCCGGUGAGCUCAAGAGGCACCAGAGGAUCCAUAAUGGCGAGAGAGCAUGAAAUCGCUUAUUAAAGCAUUAGGGCCAGGUUUGGAGAUCUGUUUUUAUUCCGGGAGUUUAUUUUAUUUUUGUUUCCCCAUUUGUGGCCAAUCUAACUGCCGAUACCCUCAUGUUGCAGAAUGGUUUCUGCUGUGUGAAAUGAAUUAUUCCAGAGGGGCUUUGUUAGUCAGCAGGGAGAGAGAAGUUUAUACCUACAUUUUGGCUUUGGAGGAGGAGGUUCAGCUAACAGAUUUUAUUGUUUAAGCCCAGAUAAUAACAGAGGACGUUUACCUGGCCCAUGAUAUCCCAUCUUAAAUAAAAUCCAAGCUAUAGGAACUCCAACUAGGAGGUUUAUUCUAUUUUUAAACAAACAUUAAAUACUUUCAGUUCUUCUCUGCAUGCUAAAGGUUCCUUUGGAUGACUGACCUAGUGAUCCAACCCCUGGCCCAUUCCAGAUGUGUUUUUUGUUUUUUUCUUUUCUUUUUUUUUUAAAUCACUACCUCCACAUGUCUUUUUAUUUGCAGUUAAGCAUCACCCGAAAACAUUCUGUUAAAAUGUUCACUGUUACAAUCUGCUCUACGGUUAAAGGAAUGAUUGCGCAAAAUCCUAUUUGCACUUUGAUUCCCCUCACCCCAAAUGUUAACUGGUGUUGGCUUCUUUAGUUUCUCACUGUACUAUAAUGUGGGUCAAGGCUGAUUUAUACUCGUUAACUGCGUGUGUGUGCAUGCAAGACGGUCAGUUUGCAUAUGGGCUCAUUUCCUGCAGAAAUCUAUGCAACACAUUUAAGUGGGGCGAUGCCGGUAUGACUAGUUGAGGCAGAACAGCGCCUUGUCUACAGCCGGCUUAUCACGUUAUUGUCAAAAUUUGUUAGCAUUUGAGUUUUGAGGAACACCUUAAACCUACCGGUCUGUUUUGAUAUUUGUUUUUCGGAAUUUCUAAAUUAGCGAAUACUUGUGAAGGUGAGGUGAGGGUUUUUGAUCUGAUAUGCAGCUCUUGACAAUAAUGUGGCAGAAAGUUUUAAAGAGAGACGGAGUGUUGAACAACACUGUGCACGAAAUGACUAAAAGUUCCAGCUCGACUUCCAGCGGACAGGGCAAUGCUUUUAAUUCUCUAGUUGUACAUCAGUCACGCAACCAAGAAUGUGAACAAUGCCGUUCACGCUGCACCUGUGUGCAUGCACGUACUCGUGGGGAAAGUGAAGUAUAUUAAAGCCUGAAGAAGUAAUCUUUCCUGUUCGUUUGCAAACUAUUGUUGCUUUCCUUCCAGCAACCCACAUAAACAUACCAGCAACUUGCCACCAGGUGUGAAUGUUUGCGCAUGGUGCCAUACGGUGGAGUGGUGUCUCAUCCAGGAUGCGUUCCUUCCUCACGUCCCUGGUUUAGGCUCCGGAUCCCUCGUGUCCCUGACCAGGAAUAAGUGGUUACUAAAAAAAAAAAAGAAACUAAUAUCUUGUACUGUUUUAUUUGGAGUUCAGCAUAUGUAAUAAAUUUAGGCCUAAAAUGAAGGGAAAAGAUUUUGAGUAAGACUUAUCUUACUUGCAAACACCAUUAUCUCCAUCACAAAACUAAAGAAGCACAUGUCCGACAAUAAAUACUCAUUGCCUAACAGACUACAUUUGGAGUAAAAGUGGGAAAACUGUGUGAAGUAGAAUUUCCUAUUUUUUUUUUCCUCUCCUCUGAACUAUUUUAAUUAGUACAACUUCCCUGCCACACUGAUGGAUACCCAUUUUACAUCUCCGUUACAAAGUAUGUAUUGUACAGUACAAUAUUUGUAUAUUGUAGCAAGGUAUAACGUCAAGUGAAAGAUCCUGUAGAACUGUAUAUUAAAGAUGUGUAUGCUUACAUUCUUUGUAUUUGCAAUAUAUAGUUUUUUUAUUUUGCUCUAUUUUUUACAAGUGUGUGCUGUAUACAUUUGUAACGGUGCAGAGACGGUCAGCUCAACAUGUGAUUUGAACACGUACGUGACCCUGACAACGGACAACAGAUAUUGCAACUUGUCUUUUUUUUUUUUUCUUUCUUCUUCUUUUUUCCCCCCUUUUUUUGUCUUUGUUGUAUCACUGUAUGUAACAGCACACAAUGAACUUGUGAUUGCUUCAUGCCACCGUUGUGGCACUGUAAAAUGCUACUGUAUUCAUCAUGUAAACAACACACGGGGGAAUAUUUUUUUAACCGUGACACUCUUGAGUUGUCAGUGUGUUCGUUAUUAGAUUGGUAUAUCUAAGAAACAGAGAACUGUGUAUAUAAGUACACGUAGAGACAUGUUGCUAGCUGUGUAGGUGUACAAGUCUAGUAACCAAUUCACUGGUAACUCUUUAAGUUGUCACCACUAUGUCCGAAGUAGUACAUACCAGGUUAGAGUGUAAGAUGUCCGUUGUGGAAACGCAGUUUAUGAUUCAUUUAUUUAGGAUCUGCACUUUUAGGUAAUGUAUUAAUCAAAUCUUUUACAAAUCAUGAGAGUUAGAUUUAGUGUCUUAACUACAUUUUGUUUUUUGUUGUUUUCCAUACAGAUGUCUUUGUUUUUUUCUUCUUUUUUUUAAACCAUGUAUUAUCUAUUUAACCAUUUAUGGGUGUGUUUAAUUUUAUAGGCUUUGAUUCAGUCAGAAUUAUGACCUUAAAUUUCUUUAAAAAAAUUGUCAUGAUAAUUAAUAAACUAAAAUGCCCAAUAUUUCUUAAAGAAAAAUAAAAAAAAGUGAAAAGACCAAACCUACAAACAUGUAUGGGUACAAUGGCAGUAUUUAAUGUGUCUUUCUGAUUGAAUCCAGGCUGUAGAGUAGGUGUGGGAUUUUUUUCAAACCCUGGGAUGCCUUUGCCUGUGCAUGAGUGUUUUCUUUAUAUGUUAAUGUAAUUAUCCCUUAUUUGCACAAAAUAAAUACAUAAUCUCUA